AUGGCAGCCGGCGAUUCCGAUGAGAUUUCGCCGCUCACGUCCAAGGCCGCUAGUGUCACCACGUCGUACGGAACAGUUGAUAGGAAUUCAGACAGAUUGGAAAAUGGCUUGACACCGCCUACGGACUCUGAUACCCUGGUGAACGCGGAAACCGACCAGGGGAAUGGGGACGAGAAUCCCGAGCGAGCCGGAAACGUGAACGUCUGGGGCGUCAUCUCCAUAUUGUUACUCGGCGAAUUGGUAGCACAUGCCGACAAUACGAUCACUUUCGCUUCCGCCGGGCGAAUAUCUUCCGAAUUCAAUUCCCUACCAGAUGCCAAUUGGCUCUCAACAGCUUAUAGUCUGGGAGUGUGUGCUGCGAUGCCCAUGUAUGGUAAACUGAGCGAUAUAUACGGGCGAAAAAUCAUACUCCUUAUCGCAUAUCUUCUAUUCGGCGCCGGAUGUACCUUAUGUGGGCUCUCAGUGCAGAUGUGGCAAAUCAUUCUAGGUCGUGCUAUUUCCGGCCUUGGAGGUGCAGGGAUGGCUACCAUGGCUGCCGUCAUCAUCGCAGAUAUUGUCCCUCGGCGCGAAUUAGCAACAUGGAGAUCAUAUGUCAACAUUGCCUCGACAGUUGGCCGUGCAGCUGGUGGGCCUGUUGGCGGCGCACUGACAGACCUGCUUGGGUGGAGAUGGCUAUUCACUGGACAGGCAAUAUUGAUCGCCAUUUCAGCAUUGCUAGCCUUGUUUAGGUUGCAGAUCCCCUUCAAGCCUCUCAACGAAGAACUCCCAAGUUCAAAAUCGAAAUUUUCUCGAAUCGACUUCACCGGUACCUUCUUCCUUUCCGCAUCUGUGAUUUCCGGUAUCACGGUCCUUGACUUUGGCGGAAAAAAGCUUUCAUGGACAUCGCCAUGGACAAUCUCGUUGGGUGUGGCUGCCAUAGUUCUCUUCAUCACCUUCCUUUUGACCGAGGCCUACUGGGCCAAAGAACCCAUCUUUUCGCUUCGCAUCCUCCGACAACCAAACGUCACGGCCAGCUAUCUCGUAAUGACAUUACAAGUCCUGUCCCAAGUUGGCAUGAUGUACACCAUUCCGCUUUAUUUUCAAAUCACAUCCCGAGCAUCCGCAUCAUCUGCCGGGGCGCAUCUGGUACCUGCUGUCGUCGGAAAUGCUGUCGCCGGCAUCCUAUCUGGAGCUUUCAUCAAACGGACCGGUAGAUACAAGGGCCUUACUGUGGCUGCAGGAUUAGUAGCCUCGGUGACUUACAUACUGGAAUAUUUCCGCUGGAACGGAAACACCAAUGCCUGGGAAUCUUUGUAUAUUAUCCCUGGUGGUAUAGGCACAGGUAUUGCUCAAGGGGCUAGUUUUGUUGCAAUGACCUCAUGUCUUGAGCAGAAGGAUAUUGCUAUGGCCACUUCAGGGGUUUUCUUGUUGAGUACUGCUGGGGUUUCUGCGAGUAUCACGGCAAACAACGCAGCUCUGGAGAGAGAAUUUAGAGGUCAGCUACAGAGGAAGCUGACUGGAACAGGAACAGAAGAGAUUAUUAAGAAAAUCCUGUCUGAUGUAACAUAUAUCAAUACUUUGACUGGUGAAUUGAGAGAUAUUGUGGUCUCAUCAUACGUCAAGGGCUUGAAACAUACCUACAUUUUCUCUUUGGUUUGCUCGCUUGUGGCAUCAGCCAGCGGAUGGACGAUUCGGAACCACAAACUUUGA